UCCUAAUCACUUGCUCGAUCGAUCAUGUGCCGCCUGCACUGCACUUGGCGCUCGCUGCUGUGCCUGUGCGUAUAAAGCCAUGGCAGCCACGGCCUGAGCCUGAGCUUCCCCUCCCGGCCCCGGCCCCGGCCCAUCAGAAAUACUACAACAUACACAGAGAGUGCUCGCUUCAUCAGAUCCCAGACAGUUUAUAAACUGUAGUACCUGCACACCAAAUUGCACAAGCAUACAAGCAUUCCGAUCGAGGCAGGUCAGGGGUAGAGGCUUUUUCGGUUUCCGUCAGGGAGAAGCAAAGCAGUUACAGGAAGGAGAUCGGAUCGGAGCCAGCCAACAUCGGGAACGGGGCGCUUCAGCCUGAGUUAUCGGAGGAGUCACUAGCACAACACAAGGCCUUCGAUUGUCACAUCUUGGGGGGUGCGAAGAUGUUGCAGAAACGAUGGAAAGGAUGCAUCUUCUUCUCCCUCGCCUUCCUUCUCUGCAACGCAUCAGGUGUAGUACUGAUGGCUUCAGAAAACUCUCCGUCGGAGCUCGCCAAGAUCGUUCAGUCUAAGCAGACGAGGCAAGCUCGCGUGUGCGGACCGGACCCUGCGCUGCUGCGCUCCCUGGCAGGCAUCGACGGCGCGGAGGUGAUGGUCACCAUCCCCAACGCGCAGCUGGAGCACGUCGCCGAGUUCCAGGAGGAGGCCGACCUCUGGGUCGCCGCCAACGUCGCGCCGUUCCUCCCGGCGACCAGGAUCACGCACGUCCUGGCGGGCGACGACGUGCUGGUGGCGAGCUCCCCUGGCGGCAGCGCCAGCGCCUACUUCCUGGUCCCGGCGAUGCGGAACCUCCGGUCCGCGCUCGCCGCCGCGGGCCUCGGCGGCCGCGUCAAGGUGUCCAGCGCGCUGUCCGGCGAGGCGCUGGCCGACCCGGCGUGGUCGGGCGUCGUGGCCCACGUCCUGCGGUUCCUCGAGUCGUCGGGGUCGCCGCUGUUCCUCAAGUCACGACCGUCGGAGGCCAGCGACGCCAAGGUCGACGCCGCGAUGCGCGCCCUGGGCGUCUCGCGCGUCCCCGUGAUCGCGGCGGACCUCGCGGCCGGCGGCGACGUCGUGCCAUACUACUACUACUACGGGUACGGCUACCCGGGUGAGGGUGGUCAGCGGCGGUCGCUGGCGACGGGGACGUUCUGCGUGGCGCUGCAGAACGCGGACCCGACGGCGCUGCAGGCCGGGCUCAACUGGGCGUGCGGGCAAGGCCAAGCCGACUGCUCCGCCAUCCAGCCCGGCGGCGCCUGCUACCAGCAGAACAACCUGGCGGCGCUCGCGUCCUACGCCUACAACGACUACUACCAGAAGAUGGCCAGCACCGGCGCCACCUGCUCCUUCAACGGCACCGCCACCACCACCACCAACGACCCAAGUUCAGGCUCUUGCGUUUUCGCGGGAAGCUCGACGGCGGGCGGCUCCAACUCGAGCGCGCCGGUGGGCACGACCCCGCCGACCAGCCUCUCCCCUCCGACGGGCUUCACGCCUCCAGUCGGCUCCAGCCCCCCGUCGUCGUCGGAGUUCAGUCCUCCGUCCGGCUUCACCCCGCCGUCCGGUUUCACCCCGCCGGCCGGAGGCGGCUUUGGACCCAGCUUCGGCACCCCGCCGGGUUCCUUCAAUGGCACCGGUUCGUUCGGCCCGAGCGGCACGCUAAACCCUUACAACGGCGUGUCCCGUGGGUUGUCGUUCUCGCGCGCCGGCUUGACGGCUCUGUCCGCCGCCGCGGUCGCCGUUCUCCUCGUGUCCAUGGAUGCCAUGUGAAUUAUCGAUGCAGAUAUCUGGAUUAUUACCUCUAGUAGAGACUAGACACUCUAUCCCUUCGCGUGUGUCCAUGUUCUUGAUUAUUGAGCUAUACUGGUCAUGUAGAUGUCAGUGUCAGAUCAGAUUUCUAUUAUGUAUAGAAGUCGUAAAUAUGAAGUCGUAUAUAUAUAUAUAUAUAUAUAUAUAUAUAUAUAUAUAUAUAUAUGUGAGCUGGGGACAGUCAGGGUGCCUUUAGUUCCGAUGAGAUGAGCGCAUGAAUAUAUGUAUGUAUCAAAUGUAUGACAGGACACAAAACUUUAGUUACAAUGAUGAAUUAUACAUUUUUAUA